AUGGCGCUGCUGUCCGCUGGUCUCCUGCCCGGUGUUCUGCUGGCGGCCGAUGCCCUGGCACUGGUGUUACUGGCGCCGCUGGUGCCGGUGCUGGCGCCACUGGGUUUGGUGGGCGUGUGGCUCGAGGCCACCCUGCGCUUGCCCGUCCUGGCCGUGGCCGCCUGGCUGCUGGCCCCUCGCCAUCCCUCCAGAGCCACCGCGGCCGCCGUCACCGUUGCCACCACCCCCGCGGUCUUCGGAACAUUCCAGCACCUCCUGGGGCAGCCCGGGGCUGGGCCGGGGCUGUUGGCCACCGCGCCCGCCUGGCUCGGGGUCGCCCAUGCCGCUGCUGCACUGGCCCUGCUGGCCUGGGCCGCGCCCCCGGUGCCCGGUGGUGUCUCUGAGACCCCCGGCGAUGUUCCCAAGUCUCCUGGCACCGUCUGGCGCACUCUGGCACUCACCUGGGAGGAGCGGAAAGUCCUUGGAGCUGCUCUCCUCUGCCUCGUGCUGGCGAUCGUUGGGGAGAUGUCAGGACCAUACGUCACUGGGAAGGUGCUGGAUGCCAUCGGGAGUGGGGAUGGACUCACCACCGGAGCUGUCGGGAUGGUGGCGGCUGCUGGAGCCACAAGUGUGCUGUUUUCCGGGUGCCGUGGGUCUUUCUUCAUGCUGUUGAAAGCACGUCUCUGUAAGAACCUGAGCCUCCGGCUCUUUUCCCACCUGGUGCACCAAGACCUGGACUUCUUCCAGGGAACGCCAGCAGCUGAGCUCUUGGCUCAGUUUUCCCUGGAAGUGCCACGGGUGUGCAUGUCAGUACCGAUGGGAGCCAACCAGCUGCUCCGGAGCCUGGUAAUGGCCGUGGUGGUGGGGACGUUCAUGGUGGGGCUGGCACCAGGGCUGGCGCUGCUGGCACUUCUGGAGGUGCCUUUUGGAAUCGCCACCCACCGUAUCCAGAGCGCCCGGAAACAGGCACUUCAGCAAUCCAUGAUGGAAGCAUCCGCCCGGACAGCCGCAGGGGUGCAGGAAUCUGUUGCCGCCAUCGAGACAAUCCGUAUCUAUUCGGCGGAGAAGGAGGAGGAGGAGCAGCAUAGGUGCAACCUGGCCAAGGAGCUGAAGCUGAAGGAGCAGAUGGAGCUGGAGCUGGCAUUCUUCACCCUUGUCCAUAGGGUGCUCCAACUGUUCAUCCGGGUCCUGGUGCUGUUCCGGAGCCACCAGCAGCUCCGUGAUGGCUACAUCACUCCUGGGGUCCUCGUCACCUUCCUGCUGUACCAGGACAGAAUCGGCAGCCAUGUCCAGGUGCUGCUCUAUGGUUUCAAUGAAUUCUUGACCAAUGCAGCUGCUGGACAGAAGAUCUGGGAAUACCUGGAUCGGAAACCCACAGGGAGUCUUGGGGGGACGCGGGAGCCCCCCGAGCUUCAGGGCCACGUCACUUUUCAGAAGGUCUCCUUCACAUAUCCUGGGAAUCCAGAGCACCCUGUGCUGAAGGACGUGACCUUUGAGGUGCGUUCUGGGGAGGUGACAGCACUGGCAGGGCCCAAUGGAAGCGGGAAGAGCACGGCCGUAGCGCUGCUGGAGCGGCUGCGGGAUCCUGGGAGUGGGACGGUGCUGCUGGAUGGGAUCCCGCUGCCAGAAUAUGAACACCAGUACCUGCACCGCAAGGUGGUGCUGGUGGAGCAGGAUCCCCUCCUGUUUUCUGGAACGAUCCGUGAAAACGUCGUGCUGGGGCUGGAGCACUGCAAAGAGUCAGAGCUGCAGGAGGCCGCCACUGCUGCUGGAGCCAUGGACUUCAUCCAGGGACUGGAGCAGGGCUGGGACACUGAGGUGGGGGAGCAUGGGGGGCGGCUGGCAGCAGGGGAGCGGCGCCGUGUGGCCCUGGCCCGGGCUCUGCUCCGGCGUCCGGCUGUCCUCAUCCUCGACGAGGCACUGGAUGAUGGAGAUGAGGGAGCGGCACAGCGCUGGGUGCGUGCUGGGCUGGCCCAGACCGUGCUGGUUGUGUCCCACCGGCCGCGGGUGCUGGAUGCGGCCGAUCGCCUCGUGGUGCUGGGGCACGGAGCCGUGGUGGAGACGGGAACACCAGCGGAGCUGCGGGAACGCUGCGGGGCCUACAGCCGCCUGCUCCUUGGAGGAGACAGCACUGGGCAGCCUGAGGCCCCCAGGCUGGGCAGCGAGAAGGGGGCUGCAUCUGGCAGGAGAUAA